AUGACGCCUGCCUCAGACCACGAGGAGGCCAUUGUCGACACUCCGAACGGGUCCGGCCCCGCUCCGCCCUCGCACCCAAAGCGCCGACUCAGGACCAUGACGUCGACCGAGGAGAUUGACAGCACCAUUAACCGCCCCGGCAGCGUCAAGAUCAAUGUCCAGGGCGCAUUCAUCGUCGACCCGGACACGGCCACCCCGGCCUCGGGUACCAGCGCCGCGGCCGGAGGGCUGACUUCCAUCAAUGGCCGCGUGAGUCCAACGCAUCCAGAGACGAGCGACAUCCGGUUGCCGAACCACACGGCCGUGGUGAGCCACAUUGCGAUCGACAUUGGCGGAUCGCUGGCCAAGCUCGUCUACUUCUCACGCGAGGUCGACUCGACUGACCCCGGCGGCCGGUUGAACUUUCAAAGCUUCGAGACGGAUCGCAUCGACGACUUUGUCGAGUUUAUGCGACACCUGCGCGACAACCAGCUCGUCAAUGGAUCACAACCCGGCGAGCUGUGUGUCAUGGCCACAGGCGGUGGCGCAUUCAAGUUCUACGACAAGAUUCGAGAUGCAUUGGGUGUGGAUGUGUCGAGGGAGGAAGAGAUGGAGUGCCUCAUCAUUGGCCUUGAUUUCUUCAUCACCGAGAUUCCCCGCGAGGUCUUUACCUACUCCGAGACGGACCCCAUGCACUUUGUCGAACCCCAGGACAACAUCUAUCCCUAUCUUCUCGUCAAUAUCGGCUCGGGUGUUUCCUUCUUGAAGGUUACAGGGCCGCGUUCACACCAGCGAGUAGGCGGUACCUCGCUGGGAGGUGGUACUCUCUGGGGUCUCCUGUCUCUACUGACGGGUGCUCGCACGUUUGACGAGAUGUUGGAGCAGGCGGCGCACGGAGACAACACCAAGGUGGACAUGCUGGUGGGCGACAUCUACGGCACUGAUUACGCCAAGAUCGGGCUCAAGAGUACCACGAUUGCCUCUUCGUUUGGCAAGGUGUUCCGCAUGAAGCGCGAGGCCGAGUCUGCAGCAGAGGACUCUGGCUCGUCCAAGCCUGGCGAUGCAUCCUUCUCGGGUGCCGACGUCUCGCGGUCCUUGCUAUACGCCAUCUCCAAUAACAUCGGCCAAAUCGCCUACCUACAGUCACAAAUCCACAACCUCUCCAACAUCUACUUUGGCGGGUCAUUUAUCCGUGGCCACCGCCAGACCAUCAACACUCUGAGCUAUGCCAUCAAGUUCUGGAGUAAGGGCGAGAAGCAGGCCUACUUCUUGCGACACGAGGGCUACCUCGGUGCCGUGGGUGCGUUCCUCAAGAGACAGCCCAGAAACUGGGGCCGGAGGGGAAGUUUGGAGGGGAUGGACGAUCUUGCUGAAUGGCGGAGGAAUCUACGCGAGGAAGCGAACUCGAGUACGAAUUGA